AUGGCUAACUUGAGUGUACGAUUGCUUGAUGUUGGCUAUAGAAGAGCCAUAGUUCAAAAUGCCAUCGAAUCCUCGUUCGUGACAAAAGUAAAAGCACGACAAUUCGACAAUCUAGCCUUGGUGAAAAUAAUGGAAAGCAUCUCCCAUCAGAAGAAGCACCUAUUCGAAUUACCCGAGGACGAAGUCCUUAAAUAUAAGGGUCGGUUAUGUGUAUCCGAUGUCAGUGGACUCCGAGGACAGAUUAUGAUAGAGAUUCACCAGUCCAAGUAUUCUAUUCAUCCUAGGUCAACCAAGACAUAUCAUGACCUUCGACAACUAUAUUGGUGGAACUACAUGAAGAGAAACAUUGCCGAGUACGUCGCAAAAUGCCCAAAUUGCCAACAAGUUAAGAUUGAACACCAGAAGCCUGGAGGAUUGCUUCUGAAUAUGGAAAUCCCAGCCUGA